ACCAAAAUUAACUAUCGAGUCUCGAGCCCAAGCACCAAAAAAAUGAGCCAUUUACUCUGCAGAUCAACCUUAGCUGCUCGAUUCCUACCCUCCUCCCUCACUGCUACUUCUACUCUCAUCAGAUUCAAACCUCUCUCUCCUUCUUCUUCUCCGCCGCCGCCUAGAGCUCCCAGAAUGUCGACAGAAGCUGCCGCCUCCUCCUCAUCUUCUCCCUCUCCUUCCUCCGCCAUCGAUUUUCUCACGCUUUGCCGCCGCCUCAAGACCACGAAGAGAGCUGGUUGGGUACUUAGGGAUGUGCAGGGUCCUGAAUCGAUAGCUGAUCACAUGUACCGAAUGGGAGUGAUGGCUCUUAUUUCAGCUGAUCUUCCUGGUGUGGAUCGUGACAAGUGUGUAAAAAUGGCAAUAGUGCAUGAUAUUGCUGAAGCAAUUGUUGGAGAUAUUACUCCUUCUGAUGGGAUUUCAAAAGCUGAAAAGAGUCGUCGGGAGAGAGAAGCAAUAGAGGACAUGUGCAAACUUCUAGGUGGAGGCCCCCGGGCCAAGGAGAUCAAGGAUUUGUGGUUGGAAUAUGAAGAAUGUUCUUCAUUAGAAGCUAAAGUUGUUAAAGAUUUUGACAAGAUUGAGAUGAUACUUCAGGCUUUGGAAUAUGAAAAAGAGCAGGGAAAGGAUUUGGAUGAGUUUUUCCAGUCAACAGCAGGGAAGUUUCAAACAGAUGUGGGUAAAGCUUGGGCUUCAGAGAUUAUAUCAAGACGAGCAAACACAACUAAGGCAUAAUUUUUUCAAUUCUAAUGGAUUGGUGGCAGCUAGUCUUCAUAGAUUAGUCCUAUCUGACCCAAGGUAGAUAGAAUCAUCAAUGCUUCUCAUUUCGUGCCUUUCCCGUUAGAAGAAUGAUAUAUCAUCUGAUGCACUGUCCCAUUUCGUGUUGAUAUACACCAAGAUGUGACAUUUGUUAAGUCUCGAUUUCUUUCAUUCGAGGCUUCUACAUUUAAAGCGUUCUGUCAUUAUGCGUCUCUUGCAUGGUUUCACUUUUGAUGCUUGUGCUUUUUUGUCGGGCGCAAAGCUGGAAAUCGAAGCUGUAUCUGCGUGGUUUUUAUGGAGUUGUAGUCUUGUAGAGCGUUAGAUAUUGCAAGAAUCUGAAUAGACACCUUAUUUGAACAGCAGCAAAGACACUUGUAUGGGGAGAUAAUUAGGCCAAAGAAAUGACAAAUGAUAGUUAUUUUGAUUCCAA